ACACAACAUUUCCACAAUGUCCACGUCACCAACCGCCGCCGCCGGAGAAUUCGCCGGUAACGGAGCCGCCGGAGAAGUUGCCGGAGAAAUCGCCGGUACCGACGACGGAGAAGUCGUUCUAGAAACGCCGUUUCUCGACGGAGAACGUUCGAAUCUACUACAGAGAAUAGCGGAGGAAGGCGGCUAUGCAUACGCAACGAUGACGUCACUGGCGGCGGCCGGAGAUAUAAGAGCGGCGGAGGCGGCGAAGGAAAUGGCGUGGGAACAGUUACACUCAGGUCCAUGGCAUUCGGUUGUGCCUGUAUGGAGAGAUGCGUAUUCAAUGGCGUGUAUACACUUAGCGAAACUUCAUUAUGCUGCUGGUGAGUUUACUCAGGCGAUUAAAGCUUUAGAUAUGGGACUUAUUAUGGGAGGAAUGAUGCUUAGAGAUGAAUUGAACCUCGCGAUUCGGAAGGCCUCGAAGAAAGCGAGGAGUGAUCUUGGAGAAAAAGGUGAAUCCGAGAUUAAAUUUGUUUCUGAAGAAAUUAAUGUGGCGGAGGUGCAGCAGUUGUUACCUUUUAAGUCACUGUCUUGUACGUUAGUAGGGAAAAGGUCAGCCUUAUCAUUGGAGGCAUUCCUGAGAGACCAUUAUUUAUCAGGAUCCCCAGUGGUAAUCAGAGAUUCCAUGGAUCACUGGCCUGCCAAGAAUAAGUGGAAUGACAUGAAUUACCUUAGAAGGGUUGCUGGCUUCCGUACGGUCCCCGUAGAGGUCGGAAAGAACUAUUUGUGCCCAGAAUGGAAGCAAGAGCUGAUCACGUUCUCUGAAUUUCUUGAGAGAAUCCGGUCCAAUGACACUACCUCUGUGGAAACUACGUACUUAGCUCAGCAUCAAUUAUUUGAUCAGAUACAAGAGCUACGGCAAGAUAUCGUUAUUCCUGAUUAUUGUUUUACUGGAGGUGGGGAGAUCAGGUCGCUUAAUGCUUGGUUUGGUCCAGCCGGGACUGUGACUCCUUUGCAUCAUGAUCCUCACCAUAAUAUACUUGCUCAGGUUGUUGGCAAAAAGUAUGUACGGCUUUACCCGGCGUCACUAUCCGAUGAGCUUUAUCCACAUAGUGAAACCAUGCUUACCAAUUCCAGCCAGGUUGAUCUAGACAACAUUGAUGAAACAGAGUUCCCAAAGAUAUUAGACCUGGAGUUUCAGGACUGCAUUUUAGAGGAAGGUGAGAUGCUUUACAUCCCCCCUAAAUGGUGGCACUACGUCCGCUCUCUCACGCCAAGCUUUUCAGUUAGCUUUUGGUGGAGUGGCUCCGAAAAUUAGAUGGCUGAUUGGUUUUAUAUUAGGUCCCUAUUCGUCUCGUGUAUACAAAUAACUAGUUGAAGUGUUGAACUAUUCAACCAUCAUUCUUCUGCAGAUUGCAAUGUGGACUUCACCACACCUAAUGCAUUAACUGCAGGAACUUAUAUUGGAAGAAAAACUUCUUGCUUAUGAUUUGUAAUUUCUUGACUCACCCACUUUUUAAAAGUAGAAUCAGUGUGGUUGUUUCAGUUCCAA